AUGCCGCCCACUCUGCGCCUCUCCGUGCCCGUAGUAGCACAAAACAACUACGACCUAGGACGGGACGACUACCGUACUGAAAGCACCAGAUCCGAGUCUGACGACGCUCGCUCCUCUGUGAGUAACGACGAUGAGCAGUCGGACCAGGUUCGCUCCCCCACACGCCUGGUGUACAAUUUGGACGCCCUCCCGGAAAAGACGAAAUCAACUGUUCGCGAUGCUUUCAACGAGCCCCCCGCCAUGGUCGUCCAGCACUGUCGCCAGGUCGGCGACACGUUUGCUUUUCAAAUGUCAGAGGUUGUGACACGGUCUGUUCGCAUCCGCGCGCCAUCGUCUGGUAAAGCGCGCCUGAGCUGCUCAUGCUCACAAAGUGGUGGUGGUGAUCUGGACAAUAAUAAUGACAAGGAGCCCUGCCAUCACAUCCUGUGGCUCCUGGACCAGCUUGCCAAGCAGACGCUGUACGACACGGACCACGAGCAGCCUCUGACCAUGACGUCUGCCGGCUUCCCCGAAGAAAUGGGAGAUCCCUUCCGCGCCAUUUCCGACCACCACCUCAACAUUGUCGCAGAUGGGCUGCACUGCCGACACGUUGAGCCAGGCUGCUACGACCCCAGACGGGUCGACAAGCACCGCAUCAGAGAGUCUCGCGAGCUGCUCUCCUCGGUAUACGAAGCCUCGGCAGACUCGUUCCGGCCCGACAUUUUUACUGAUGAGCCGCUUCUCGGCCCGCCCAUUGUGAAGCCCCAAGACCUCGACUAUACGGUAUUUCGCAUGCUGGUCGACGACGACAUAUUCUUCCACUACUUUCUCUCCGAGGCGUGUUCGCGCGGCAGCGACGUCAUUCACCAGUUUCGGCUGCUCACCCACAGAAUAAACGCCGUUCUCCAAGACUUUGACCAACAACAACAACAACAACAACAACAACAACAACAACACAACCCUUUGAGCGUUUGCAGCGACGAGCCAAACAACAACAACAGCCCGCAAGAGUCAUCCCACACCGUCUCAUGGGCCGCGCGCCACAUUCAAGGGGUCAUAAGCCUGGUCCGCUACGCCAUCUGGAGCGGCGAGCGACCCUUGCAAGCCGCCGAAAAGCACGCCGCUGCGAAGACACUCAUCCACAUCCUCGACUGCGUGUUAAAACGACGACAACACACGAAUAAUGUCGUCCGCGGGGAAAGGGGCCGGGGCCGUGUUUUUUCGGAGCGAAACUUGUUUGCCCGAUUUCUCGGCGACGCCGACUGCGGCUUCGUACUGGACGAGCUCGAAAGGAUUCCCGAGGGCGCGCUGCCGUACAUUAACAACCUCGAGUCCAUGGUGGACAAGAUGGCGCAGUACGGGGUAAAGGCUUCGUAUCUGCACAGGUUUCGCAAGUUUAUGGCGCAGUUGAAGGCGAGUCGGCCCGUGCCGAACUUAAAGCGCGAGAGCCCAGACAGCGACGAGGAUUGGGGUGCAUGUAAACGAAUGAGAUGA